ACGAGUAUUUUGGAGGCUGAUUUAAAAUGGAGUAACAGCUUAGAGGAACAAAUCCAACUGAGUCCGGUUCCGCAGCUUUAUCCCCAUCUAGUCAUCGUUUUUAUUUUAACACGUUGUUACUCAUUGAAAAACUAGUUACUCCUGCAAAAUGACAGAAGAAAAGAAGUCAGGUUCCUUAGGUUUCUUUUCGAGCUACGACGAUUUGAGCGACAGCAGCGAUAGCAGCGACUCAGACGAGGAGGGUGAAAGUCGAAAGAAGAGACCGGGGACAGAUGCUCCGGGAAGCGGAGCUCAGUCCUCCCAACAAGGGACAAAACGAGCAGCCGGUGGAGCUCCUUUACCCAAACCUGACGAGCUGUUCGGCUCCGUGUCCAAGCCUGCUUUUCUCUACAAUCCGCUGAAUAAGCAGAUAGACUGGGAGAGUCUCACGGUCAAAGCUCCUGAAGAGCCUGCCAGAGAGUUUAAGCCAUGGAAGACAAAUGCUGUACCCCCUCCUGAUAGCUACACCACAGAGGCAGAGAAGAAGAAGGGACCUCCACCAGGCAUGGACAUGGCUAUAAAGUGGUCCAAUGUGUAUGAGGACAAUGGGGAAGAUGCACCACAACCUUAUACUGGCAACGCCCUGUUCUUACCUGCAGAGGAGCAACCCCCUGACUCAGAUGAGGAAUCAGAGCAGGCAGACCUGUCUGCCAAGAAACGUCGAGUGGAGACCUUCCAGCAGAAGGAGAAGAGGAAGAGGGACAUGGGACAAGCUACCUCUGACAAGAAUUUCGUAGAAGAGGAGAAAAGGAUCCUCAGGCAAAAGAUUGAGUGAGGCCUAAACUUCCUGCAACAAGGAAUCUGUUUGUAAUUUAAACAUUUUAUGUCAGCCGAGAACAUUCACAGAUAUUAGCACAAUGGUCAAGUAGGUGGUAUGCUUUAAACAUAAACAGGCAUUUUACCUGUAUGUUGACAUACUUUGCAAUAUUAUAAUAUUUGUUUUGUUUUCAAAGGACUGUCAGCACACUUAAAAAAAGAAAGAAAAGAAAGUAUAGUAUAUGACAGUCCCACUACAAAAUUUUCAAUUUAAGAACUUUUGGAUUUCGGUAAAUCCCUGCAGACUAUUUUCCCAAGUUAAAGGAAAAUUCAGGUGUUUUACAGUCUGGGUCGUAUUUUCAUAGUUUUCGCCAUCAUCCUCACCAUCUCUCUUCUAAGGGCACAGGGAUGAGGGAUAUCAUUAAACACAGCUUUACAAAAUGUACUGGGCAUUACUAAGUGAUUAGACAGGUUUGGUCCCAGUUUGGCAUCACCUUCGCUUUACAUCCGAACAUUUAGUUUAGGCAACAAGGUGAAAUGAGACUUGUUUAAACCUGCCUGAUUGCUUUUGUUGGAGUCCCUGUUUCCCUGGGUCUUUGCAAAGAAGUUGGUGAAUAAAAUGUUAUCAUAACCAAUAGGGAUGAAGGCCAAAACUACAAAAAAUUAUUUAACUUUAAACGAGGGACACAUUGAACAUAAAGUGUGGUUAGUUGGCUUUGCCUCCUGUUUGUUUUAAUUUAAUGAGCUAAAAUAACAGUGACAUAUGGCUGUGGUGGGUUACUUGGUCUGUGUUUGUCUUGUAUUAUAUGAAAUAUCUAAUCACCACUGAAAUAUAACUGUGUGUGUGUUGCAUUAAUACAGUGACUUUCCUUUAAAACAAAUGUGAUUAAAAUGGCUGCAAAUCUGUUGAAAUUACAUUUUUAAAAGUUACUUGUUCUUCCUGCUUAUGGGCACUAGAUGUCGCCCUUUAGCUAUACUAGAAAACACUCCCUUCAUGUUUGUAGUGAAGUCUGCUGCACUUUGUGUAAACAUUGGACACUCACAUUACAACCAGGGUGUCUGUGUAUACUGUGUGUCAGGAAGGGAGUUCUGAUCUUCGAUUUGGAAGUUUGUCUCAUCUCAGUUCUCUUGAGAUACUUGAUGCAUACAGACUGUUUAUUCAGUCUUGUGUACCUUGUAUUACACAACACUUUACAUCUGUGUGAAAAAAAACUUCUUGCAUGUUUAGUAUUGUAUCAGAAGAUGUUUGGAACAUUGUACUGUUUUAUGGACCUUUUGUUUCUGCCAGCAAAUCUGCUCAUUCAGUGGAAACGGAUAAUUUUGUAGUUGUUUUAGUGUUAUACUAUUAAUCAUAAACCACUUAGGCAAUAAAAGGUAUUUUACUGGA